CUUCCGGCGGCCGUCCAGUUCCGGGUUUCCCGGUGGGAGGCGGCGAUGGCGGCGGCCUCGUCCUCGUCGUCGGCGGCGGCGGGGUGCCGGGAGGGCCCGGCGGCGGGGCCCGGCUGGAGCGAGGCCCAGCUCCGCCGCUACUCCUUCGAGACGCGGCCCAUCCCGCGGCUCAGCCACAGCGACCCCCGCGCCGAGGAGCUCAUCGAGAACGAGGAGCCAGUGGUGCUGACAGAUACAAAUCUGGUUUAUCCUGCUCUCAAGUGGGACCUGGACUACCUCCAGGAAAACAUUGGCAAUGGGGACUUCUCGGUGUACAGUGCCAGCACACACAAGUUUUUGUACUAUGAUGAGAAGAAGAUGGCCAACUUUAAGAAUUUCAAACCCAAGUCGAGCAGGGAAGAGAUGAAGUUUGCUGAGUUCGUGGACAGACUUCAGGAAAUACAACAAAAAGGGAGUGCUGAGAGGCUAUAUCUGCAGCAAACCCUGAAUGACACAGUUGGAAGGAAGAUUGUGGUGGAUUUCCUUGGCUUCAACUGGAACUGGAUUAACAAACAGCAAGGGAAACGUGGCUGGGGUCAACUGACUUCUAACUUGCUUCUUAUUGGCAUGGAAGGGAAUGUGACGCCAGCUCAUUACGACGAGCAGCAGAACUUCUUUGCUCAGAUUAAGGGUUACAAGAGGUGUAUCCUUUUCCCUCCUGAUCAGUUUGAAUGCCUCUACCCUUAUCCUGUGCACCAUCCGUGUGACAGACAGAGCCAGGUGGACUUUGACAAUCCUGACUACGAGAAGUUUCCAAAUUUCCGGAGCGUGGUUGGCUAUGAGACGGUGGUGGGGCCGGGGGAUGUACUAUACAUACCUAUGUACUGGUGGCACCAUAUUGAGUCUCUCCUGAAUGGCGGGAUUACCAUCACUGUGAACUUCUGGUACAAGGGUGCCCCAACCCCAAAGAGAAUUGAAUAUCCAUUAAAGGCUCAUCAGAAAGUGGCGAUAAUGAGGAACAUUGAGAAGAUGUUGGGAGAAGCCUUAGGAAAUCCGCAAGAGGUCGGUCCCUUGUUGAAUAUGAUGAUUAAAGGACGGUAUGACUAAUGCCUGGCUGCCCCGGGUGACUGAUGUUGGAGCUGCUUUGUUCACAAGCAAUGGAAGAUACUGAGCGCUAGUAUUGCACGCAGCACUUAACAGACUGAUGGGUUUCCUGGCCCAUCCCUGUCCCUGCCCCACUACAACGAAGGGGGCUACUGGAACUGCAAAACCAUUAGUACCCCAUUCAUCCUUCACUGUCAUCUAACAGAACCUCCCAAGAACGAGUCUGCACUUAUUGGAAGCUGGAUUCAUGCUCACUAACUUGUUUUUUUUUUUCCCUUCCUCUGCCCUGUUUGCCACAACAAGGAGCACGGCUUCUGGCACUCGGGUGUGUUGCUUCAGGAUUUUCAGGCAUUUGAAGAAGAGCUUGGAGGGGAAAUGAGAUUGAUCUUGUUUCCUCAGCCUCAUGAGUUUUGGGCCUCCUGGCUGGGUUUAUGUGUUGGUGCCUGCAGUGGAUAUAAGAUGGAAAGUGAUAGGUUUCACAGUUCUCUGUUAUUAGAGGACCUAGCCAUGCUCAACUCUGGCACCUUUUUCUAUAGUGGAAACGAAAAUGUGAGCUGGCCUGUGCAUGAUGAGCAACUGGACAAAUGAUUCGAUUUCUUCAACGCAAGACUUUCGUGCUUGGGACUUUGCACAGGGUAGAGAGAGAGAAGUGAAUUCAUCUAGUAUGUGAGCACCAGAUCCCGUGCUCUCCAAAUGUCUGUGUUGUAGGAGUCUAGAUAAACCUCCUUCAUUCUGACAGCAGUUUUGGGGAGUGAAGGCUUCUCUCCUACUCUUGUGGAGCUGUAGUGUGGUUAAAAGGGGACGAAGCAUUAUGAAGGGAGAUGCAUAAAUGCCAGGCCAAAUUUCAAGUCGUGAAUGAUUAAGCCACAUCUUUUUAAAAAAAAAAAUCUCUAGGGGCACAGAGAGAGACUGUCAAGACAAUGUCAGACAGGUACAGAGCCUCCCUUCUCCCCACCAGGGGUGCUGGCUCCUCAGACUAACGUGGGAAGUGCCCUUUUUACUGAAACUGCAAGAACUCGAGUGUGUGUGGCUGCGCACUUGUGCGCAUGUUUGUGUGAUGUUGUAUGACUCCUGUCCAUCAGUUUAAUCCAUGACAGUGUGUGGUUCCCUUCCUUGUACAGUCACUUGAAAGAGGUCAGGGCUUUCUGUUUUAAUGUGGUUAAGUUUAUCUUGAUCCUUCUUGUGUUCUGGGGCUUGAUGUGGCAGGCUGGGAAGUGGCAAGACCAGGGCACAGGAACAAGAGGAGCUUCUGGUUGAGUCCUUGGCAAUCAUCCUAAAAAAUUAUUUUGCUUUCUUCCACCUCUGCCGCUAGAAGCCCUAGGCUCAUAUGGAGGCUGGCUUUUUAUUCCCCAUGGUCCACUGCACUGCUCUUCCCGGUUUGGGGCAGUGUAAUGGACUUGAAUAUUUGAUGCAGUUGUAAUGGGUCCCAAGAGCUAGAGGUGGAAGAAGCUGUUGUAUUUUACUGCAGAGAAUAGCAAACAUUCUAUUGAGACUUCCCAUUAUUUUCCCUUUUUUUUUCCUGACAUGGUAUUCUGAUAAGUGUUGAGAAGAUGGUGCUCAAGAAGUGCUCUGCCUUUGGCUUCAGGCUCCAUCUUUUUCUGGGACAGCUCAUGCACCUCUUGCCGUGAGCUUCUCUCGCGCAAAGGUGAAGGACUUCUUGAACAGGAAGUCCUGGGGGAUAGUUUUAUGGCUGCUUACAGGUCAGAACAAAUUAAGUGUAAUUGGCAGCUACAGGGCCCUUGAUUAAGAAAUAUGUCCAUGUCACCGAGUAGUCUGACUGCCGUGUUAUUUGUUGCAGACUAUCCAGAGCUGUGGUUAGAUCCAAACGAAGGUCACUCAGCUGGAUGCUUAUCAACGCUCAGCCUUUGGGCAUGUGGGGAAGAAAGUCAGGCUGUUGACUGGCCAAAAGCAAGAGCUUCCCAGGAAUCCUGGGUAUACGUGCGGUCUCUGGCCUUGGUUGAAAGAUGCUCAAAUGAAAUCCCGUCUCUGUGCUAUUUAUUCAGCACACAGUAGUCUCCAGUACUACUUGUUAGGCACCAUCAACUCUUGAAGCUCAGGGUGGGAGUUCACAUCCCAUGUGGAGAGAGAAUGGUACUUACAGAACUUUAGGAUCCUUUUUAUCUUUAUUUGCCAAAGGUCUAACUUUUUAAGUGUCUGAACAGUUUUUGCUGCACUUGACUUCGUGAAAGCUCAUUUACAAUGCACUGAUGGACUGACUCUCCCCUUCCGUUUUCACCUUGUGCUUUCAAUGCCCCUUGCCAUGGUAUUGGGAAGCUGUGUGUGUUCUCUGCUAGGGGUGUGUGUGUGCAGGGGGUGGGGUGUGACAAACACACGGUACCUUCUGAAGUGUAGUUCUUAAAUACAACCAAUGUUGAACAACA